AUGUCCUCCUCCACUCAACCCUCCACCCACCCCGAUGCCUCCGCCCAAGCCUGCACGCCGCCCUGCGCCAAUUCCCGGACUUCCCCUUCCCCCGGCAUCCUCUUCGAGGAUAUCCUGCCUAUCUUCGCCGACCCCAAGCUGCACGAGGCUCUGAUUCGUUCGCUGGAACUGCAUGUCCUCGAGGCCUGCGGGGGCCAGAAGCCUGAUGUUAUCGUUGGUCUGGAGGCUCGGGGUUUCCUGAUGGGCCCGAGUUUGGCGCUGCGUCUGGGUGCGGGCUUCGUGCCUGCUUAUGAGAAGGAGUAUGGCCAGGAUUUCUUCCAGAUGCAGGAGGGUGCGAUUAAGCCCGGGCAGAAGGUGAUUGUCGUGGAUGAUAUUAUUGCUACUGGUGGCUCCGCCUGGGCUGGCGGUGAAAUGAUCCGCAAAAUGGGCGGUGACCUGUUGGGCUUCAUCUUCCUCCUCGAGCUGGAGUUCCUUAAGGGCCGCGACAAGCUCCCCGCCCCGGUCUACACCCUGCUUUCCGGCCAGGCCUAA